AUGGAUAAGGCAGCACAAAUCGAGCUUUUAAAGAAGGAGCAUCAGGUUGCUGUGGACAAUUUCGAUUUCGAUCGUGCCGAAAGUAUAUCAAUACAAAUAAAGAAGCUCCAAACAGCUCAAAACAGACCUCAAACAAGAAAUACUCAACUCGAUGAAGAAACUGAAAAGCUUAAAACAUCAGCAAAUAUUGCCAAAACAAAGACAACACAAGACCGCGUUGAACUUCAAAGAAAAUUCCAUGAACGUUUCCAAGAAUUAACAAAACAGCAUACUGAAGAGCUUAAUAAUUUAAGUCUCUCAUAUGCACUUGCUCGUGAGCGUGAGUUAAAGCGUCCUGUUCACGAGGCAUCAGUCAAAUAUGAGCAAUCAAAGAAAUUCGGAACUGAUCAUAACUAUCAAAUGGCUCGUUCGCUCUAUCAAGAAGCUGUUCAACUAGAAGAAGAAGUCCGUGAAAAGAGAACUCGCCAGAUUGAAGAACAGUAUCGUCGCCAAAAAUCAAAACUUGAAGCUCGCCAAAAACGCGAAACAGACUUACUUGCAGAGAAGCAACGCGCAGCCCUUGAAGAGCUAGAACUGAAAGCAUCAAAAGAACAGUCAAGACUUGACCGCGUUCAAAAAGCAGCUGAACUUAAAUCAACUUUACGUUACCGCGAUAUUCCUCAUGUUUCUGGUACAAUGACUCCAAGGAAGAGGUCAUCUUCAGUCUCUUCGUCAAGAGCUCCUUCUUCAGCUCGUAGAUCAUCUACAUCUUCAUCAAGAUUGAGCAGCAGAUCUCCGAUUUAA